AUGAGGCCCCCUACGGAAUACGAUGGAGGUGCGAGGAUGCCCAGUGAGGCGGAGGAAGGCGACCCUCGGGCGCGACCCAUGAUGAUCUGCGCGAGGCUGGCUGGACGUGCCAUCAUCAGAGUGGUGGGACGAUGCGAAGAUGCUCAGGAAAAUAGUCAACUAGAUUUGUCAGAAUGUCAAUUGAUGCAAGUACCUGAUGCUGUGUACCAUCUGAUGCGACACACAGAGCUCAAGAGUUGUGAUCUCAGCGGAAAUGUUAUUACUAAGAUACCUCCUAAGUUUGCAGUCAAAUUUAGCUUAAUUACAGAUUUGAACCUGUCCAACAACCAAAUGGCGAAGCUUCCAGAUGAGCUGUGUACACUUGCCUGCUUAGAGCGGCUGGACAUCUCUCACAACACGUUUGUGGCGCUCCCUCACAUCACCUUCCAGUGCCCCAGUCUGCACACACUGCUUGCGCAUCACAAUCAGAUCAUUGAAAUCGAUGUGGACAGAUUAGCCAGAUCCCGCGCUCUAGAGUACGUAGAUCUCAGUGACAAUCCCAUUCCUCCGCGCACUUAUGAUGAGCUUAAGCAAUUAUCGCGACCCUCAGUGUCCGUCUCAGAGAGACAGAAAGAAGACUGGGAAGAAGACCUUCUAAUAUAG